GGCUCAGCAGCCCCUGGGGAAGCUGGGCAUCGGCGUCACGGCAGGCGCAGCAGCCGCUAGUGCCUCGCCAUGGUGGUGCUCUCGGCGGCCAUCAUCAAGAAAGACAAGACCCUGGUAGCGCGACAAUUCGUUGAGAUGACUCGACUUCGCAUUGAGGGUCUGCUGGGCGCCUUCACAAAGCUUGUAGACAGCGGAAAAGACCACACCUUUGUCGAAACGGAGUCGGUGCGUUAUGUGUACCAGCCCAUGGAGUCCCUAAACUUAGUAGUCAUUACGAACAAGGCAAGCAACAUUUUGGAGGACUUGGAGACCCUCCGCCUGCUGGCAAAGGUGGUGCAAGACUGCUGCGAGAUUCAGGUCUCCGAGGAAAACGUUCUGAAGCAUGCCUUUGACAUCGUUUUUGCCUUCGACGAGGUCAUCUCCUUUGGCUACAGGGAGAGUGUCACACUGUCGCAAAUCAAGACUUACACAGAGAUGGAUAGCCAUGAAGAGAGGCUGCACAUGAUGGUGGAGCAAAGCAAGAUCAACGAGGCCAGAGAAAUGGCCAAGAAGAAACAGAUGGAGCUGGCCAAGCAGCGCGCUUUGCAGCCCAAGGAUGCUGCUGGGCCCGGCUUUGGUAGUGACUCGCUACCUGGCAUAGGUCCAAGCAGCAUGGGCAACAGCUCUUUCCAAGACACUAUGCCUUCGAGCGGCGGAUUUGGAAACGACAUGGGAUCUUCUGCCCCCUGGUCCAGUUCAAUGGCAGAGGACUCUGGGCCAGCCCCACUCAAACCUGGCGCUCCGAAAAAGGGUAUGGCAUUGGGGAAAAAGAAGCCAGCAGAUGUGCUUGGAAGCAUGGGACUUCCGGAGCCAGCACCUUCUCCUGAGGUGGCAGAAGAGCCCGCAGCUCCUGCCUACAACCCUUUGAUGGAUCCAGUCAGAGUGGACAUUGAGGAGAAGAUCACUGCGGACCUGCAGGUUGAAGGAGGGCUGGAUGGAGAAGCUGUUUGUACUGGCCAAUUUCAGGUCACCGUGCUGGAUGCUUCAAAAGCGGAUCUUGCAGCCUUCAGGCUGGCGCCGCAGAAUCAGGAGUUCAAGUACAAGAUACAUCCGAAUCUGAACAAGACGUCACAUGCCAACAACGUUUUAGAGGUGAGAGAAGCAUCUCGCGCUUAUCGAGCCAAUGCACCUGUGCCGCUGGUGAAAUGGCAGUUCAAGAGCAGCAACGAGGAGUUCCUCCCUGUGCAAAUGAGCUGCUGGCCUUCAACAACUGCAGACGGAACCCAGAUCGUACUUGAGCUGGAGCUCACUGACACUAGCGUCACCCUUGAGGAUGUUCAGAUCAGAUUCCCAGCUGCUGCAUCAUCAAGGCCUCAAAUCACCAGUGCUGAGCCGGGUGAAGCCAGCUAUGAUGGUCAAACUGAGGUUUGUUGGAGGAUUCCUGUUUUGGACAAGAGUGAGGCCAACGGCAAUCUGGAGUUCGUUGCAAAGACAGACUCCGCAUCUUUGAUGCCGUUCACCUUCGAUGCUGUUAGGCGAGGUGCCACCAAGUGCCCCAUGGAGAUAGUCGAAUGCUACCACAUGGAGAAGAAGGAGCCCAUCGCAUUCACCUGCGAAAAGUCGUGCACCUAUUCCUUCCGAAUUGGUGCGUGAAGCGUGAAAGUCAACGUGAGACCGGGUUGUCCUGUCUCACCCAUUUCACCAACAUGCCACAGCGUUCGGGUCA